UUAAUUAAGAAUUUGGAUUAAGGGUUGCUAAUCACGCGGUGAAUUUAGUCUCUAUAAAAGCAGUAGCUCACCUUCCACAACCUUCAAUAUCAACUCACCUCAACCUUCUCUCUUACACUCUCAUCUUUCAUAUUCCUCUCUCUAGAUAUAAAUUAUAUAAAACUAGAUCGUGCUGAUAGUUAAAUAAAUAAGAAUAAAAUGGAGAAACGAGGAGGAAUAAGUAGUGGAGGUUCGGGAUCAUCAAGUGAAGCGGAGGUGAGAAAAGGACCAUGGACGAUGGAAGAAGAUCUUAUUCUCAUCAACUAUAUUGCAAACCACGGAGAUGGCGUUUGGAACUCUCUCGCGAAAUCUGCAGGUCUAAAACGAACCGGAAAAAGUUGCCGGCUCCGGUGGCUGAACUAUCUCCGCCCGGACGUACGACGGGGAAACAUCACGCCGGAGGAGCAACUUAUCAUCAUGGAACUUCAUGCUAAGUGGGGAAAUAGGUGGUCAAAAAUUGCUAAACACCUUCCAGGAAGAACCGACAACGAGAUCAAAAACUUUUGGAGGACAAGAAUCCAAAAAUACAUCAAACAAACCGAUGUAACAACAACAACGACGUCAUCCGUUGGAUCUCAUCAGAGCUCAGAAAUCAACGAUCAAGCUGCAAGCACAACGAGCCAUAAUGUCUUUUGUACACAAGAUCAAGCGAUGGAGACUUAUUCUCCUACAACAACGUCGUAUCAACAUACCAAUAUGGAAUUCAACUACGGUAACUAUUCAGCGGGAAAUUAUUCCACGGCAGGGGCAACUGCAACAGCGGAUUAUUCGGUACCGAUGACCGUUGAUGAUCAAACCGGUGAAAACUAUUGGGGCAUGGAUGAUAUUUGGUCAUCGAUGCAUCUACUCAAUGGUAAUUGAUUUAUCAAUUAUAGUCUCGAUCCAUAUCGGAAAACAAUAUAUGAAAUAUAUAUUAUUUUGAGAUUUGUGAUUUUUAGGAGUAAUAUGACUCGUACGUGACAUGUAUAUGGUUUUU